CGGGUAUCGGCAGAACAAUCGUCAAGUUUACCAUCUCUGGCGCAGCAGCUGUGGGGCGGCGCAACUUUGGCCAAAAAUGAAAUUGAAUUAACCGGGCAAUAUCCGAGUUCGCGCACGACCACGUCGAGAAUGUUCAAGCGCACAUUUAAGGUGGUUUAUCGGCCCAUUAGGAGCAACUUUGUGCUGCUGCCGGACCAGUAUUACGGCGUCGUUUCGACCUAUGAUACGGGGUGCCUGAGUCUGCAGUACAAUGGACGGGUGCACUAUGCCUCCUGGGCGCCACAGGCGGGCGGCGGGGGCAUUAAGGACACCGAGAUUGGGAUCAAUGCCAGGGCGGCCAAGGAGAUCGGUCUGCACGAGAAUGAUUUGGUCAAGUGUGCGCUCAUCGCUGACGUUCUCAACCUCCGCAGCGUCCACGUUACCCCCGUCUCGUCCAAGGACUGGGAGAUCAUUGAGCUGAGCACCGAGAAAAUAUCUGGCAGCGUGCUGGAGCAAACACGCAUUGUAAAUUCAACUCAGAUACUGAUUGUUUGGAUCAACAAGUCCAUGCAGGUGGCGCUGACAGUUGAUCGCCUGAAGCCGCACAUGAACUAUGGUCGAAUAGACCACAAUACGGAACUCGUUGUGGCGCCCAAUCUUUACAAGGGCCUGACCAAUGGAACUUCCAACGGAGUCAGUGAGGAAAACACAAAACUCUCUAGGAGUAAAACUACUGCCCAGGUCAAAGAUGAACUGGCUGAGAAGCCAGCUACACCUCUGACUCAUUCCUCAACGGUCUCGAACGUUAAGAAUACUUUGCAACGCAACAAGCGGCAAGAUCAUAUGGAGCGUUUGAAGAAAGAUCUGCGCAGAGAAAGCUCGCGAAGCUUUGAGUUCCGGGUGAUUCGUGGCCUUUGGCGGGAAAAGGCCCAGGAGUCGGAUGUCUUUGUGAACCGGAAACAUCUGCCCGAAUUCCUGGAUCUAGAUCAGUUCUACUGCCUCCACACAGCCGGUGACAAGGACUACUACGUGCGGGUGCGCACAGUGGACGAGGAGGUGGAGGACGAUUUACCGGGCACCAUCCACCCAUCGAUCGAACUGAAUGCCAACCUGAUGAAGUUGCUCGGCAUUAAGGAGCUGGAACGGGUGGUGAUCCGGUUUAAGACCACCGUUGUUAACUUCGUGGAGAAGAUCGAGCUGUUUGCCCACAAGAAGACGCACUACAAGAUCAUCGAAAACGCAUUUAAGCGGUUUGUUAUCGAGAGAACUCAGCACAAGCCAAUGUUGUUUAAUCAGGAGGAAGUGGUGCGGCUAGAGGACGAUUUGCUGGUCACAGUCGGAAUAUUGCCAGAGCACUUUCGGUAUUGUGUCGUUGACGCUCAGUUUCUAAAGGAGUCAAAGAUCUAUGCCGCUGACCUAGUGCGUCCGGUGAACGAAAUCAUUAAAGAGCAGCCACCAGUCACGUCGCCGCUGAGUGUCAAGGAUCUUAUACGUCUGCCCGAGUACGAUAAGAUUGUGGAUCAGGUAGUUCAGGAGCUGCGACUUAACCUGUGCCUGAACGAAGACAACUCCGUGAUGCGGCAGUGCAAUGUCCUGCUUACCGGUGCCUCAGGCACGGGCAAAACCGUGCUGGUUGAGCGCAUUUUGGACCAGUUGUCGCGCAAACCGGAUUACUGCUACUUCGACAUCUUCUACGGGUCACGGAGCAAGGGUCGCAAGACAGAGUCCAUCCAAAAAGAUCUGCGCAACAUCUUUACCACUUGCCUUCAGCAUGCCCCUGCGAUUGUGGUGCUGGAAAACCUGGAUGUUCUGGCCCACUCAGCUGGGGAGCAGUCCAGUCAAGACGGGGAGUACUACAACCGCAUGGCGGAUACAGUGCAUCAGUUGAUUGUCCAGUACACCACUGGCAAUGCCAUUGCAGUGAUUGCCACAGUCAAUGAGCUGCAGACGCUUAACAAACGAUUGAGUUCGCCGCGGGGCAGGCAUGUCUUCCAGACGGUGGGUCGGCUACCCAGCCUGGAGCGUCCUGAUCGAGAGAUUAUACUGCGCGAACUCUGCAGCCAUAUCAAUGCGUCCAACGAACUCGACCUGGCCAAGUUCUCCAACCUUACCGAGGGUUACCGGAAAUGUGAUCUUGUUCAGUUCGUAGAGCGGGCCAUAUUCUAUGCCUACCGCAUAAGCAAGGCGCAGCCAGUUCUAACAAAUGAUCAGCUCAUCGAGUCCUUGGAGCACACAAACUCCUACUGCCUGCAGGGCAUCCAGAGUAAUCAGAAGACUGGCAGCGAUGCUGAGGCCAAUGAGAUGCGUGUAGAGGAACUGCCUGGCCUAGAGGCUGUUGUGGGAGUUCUCGAGGAGGUUCUUAUGUGGCCAUCGCGGUAUCCCACAAUUUUCAAUGCAUCACCGCUGCGCAAUCAGGCCGGAGUGCUUCUGUACGGACCGCCUGGAACUGGCAAGACCUAUCUAGUCUCUCAGUUGGCCACCUCGUGGAACCUGCGAAUUAUUUCCGUUAAGGGCCCUGAACUGCUGGCCAAAUAUAUCGGCCAAAGUGAAGAGAACGUACGGAACCUGUUCAAUCGCGCCCGCAGUGCUCGGCCGUGUGUGCUUUUCUUUGACGAGUUCGAUAGUUUGGCCCCAAAGCGCGGCCAUGACUCCACCGGCGUUACGGAUCGGGUGGUCAACCAAUUGCUUACCGAGCUGGACGGUGUCGAGGGACUGCAGGGCGUCACAGUGAUAGCUGCCACCUCAAGACCGGAACUGUUGGAUCCGGCACUUCUUCGCUCCGGACGCAUUGAUCGGCUGGUGGAGUGUCCGCUGCCAGAUGCCGUGGCUCGGGUACGCAUCUUGGAGGCCCUUAGCUCGACACUCAGCCUGGAUGAGUGCGUGGACUUUGAGUGGUUCGCGGGAAGGACUGCUAACUAUACCGGCGCCGAUCUCCAGAGCAUUCUGACCUCGGCGAACAUGGCGGCGGUUAAGGAGGCUCUGGCUCAAUUCGGACACGAGAAAUUGCCAAAGAAAAUCUCGCUGAGGCAGAAACACCUGAUCGAGUCCUUCCAAACCACUAGACCGUCCCUUAGCGCAUCCGAUGUGGCCAAAUAUCAGAGAACAUAUGCUCGAUUUACCAACAAGGAGAAGAGCUCCAGGGAGUUUGUAGCCAAGCGCGCAACUUUGGCUUAAAGACAAAGACUUAAUAAGCUUAGCAUUAUCAUUAGAAGUACUUUAUAUAUCUGUAACUGUGUAUCGGUCACGUUUUGUUAGGAAGCGUACGGCUUUGGGUCUUGUAAAUUUCAUAUUAUUGUUGAGCCAAUAAAAACGAAUUUGUUUUAAUAA